ACCAUAGCGCUCUUAUAGUUUAUCAUCUAAACACGGCUGGUCAUCAUUUAUCUUCUUUUGCCGUCUGAAAAAAAAAAACAAAAACAAGAGACGUAAGAAACAGACCGUGCACGAGCUAAAAAAAACUCUUCUGGAAAGGAAAAGAGGCUGUUUUUCCUGCUUUUCGCAUUGCGCGCGCCGAGCUCUCGAGAAUAAUUUGCAUUCUAUUUCGAGCGCGCGCUGAGUAAGGCGAACCGCACUCCACUGGCGAUGGUCUCUACACGGAGCUGCACUCCUUUCAAUAAAAAAUUAAAAGAACUUCCAGGGUUUUAGACGGACAAAAAUGGAGUCUCACGCGCAGGAAGAAAGUGAAAGGACCGAGUCGGAGAUUCAGGACGAUGGGACAGAGGCUACCAACAUUGACGACGAAGAAGUUGAGGAACUACACAACAGUUUAAAGGAAGUAGUCGACGAUCCAGCUGUAAAGCCCAAAUUCCAGUGCCUGAUGGUGGACCCGUCGUUCUCCAUGGUGACGGUCCAGAGCGAGGACAGUGGGAUCGUGUGGGAGACCGCAUCAAGCAGGUGCUCGACACCAUGGGCCUCGGAAGCCAGCUCUCCAUCAGAUUCAUACAGCCUGGAGGGUUCGGGGACACAGGGUAAUAUAGUUAUCAUUAUGGAUGAAGACAAGGUGAGAAGAAGGAAAAAAACGAGCAGCAGAGGAAAGUUGGGUGAUAGGUUUCGCAGACCAGGCUCCAGAUUGUCAGGCCCUGCAAUAGGAGAAGAGAGACCUGCAAUGAUUGAAGUCUCUGUACCAAAUAUAAGAUGCGAAGAUUCACAGGAUGGUCAAACAGCAGACGGAAAACCAGACAAGGAUCAAGAGCUAUUCAACCUGAUUUCUGAGGGGUUUGAAAUACUUAAUAUUGUAGUACCGUCAAAACUUCCUACAGUGGAUGAGGAAUGCAGUACAGAAUUGCCAGACAAUCUGUCCUACUUGGAGGACACUCCAAAGAUCAAAACAAAGUGCAAACAUGAAAGCCUAGCUCCCACCACCAUUCCUGAGGACACCGGGAUAGACAUUCAGGAAGUAAAAGAUGAUAGUCAUGCAGGCUUAUCUCAGACCCCUGCUAAUGAGCAGCUCAACAAAGAUGAAACUGAUAUGGACUACUUAGAGAAAUUCACACUGCUAGAUCAUCAAGCACCAGACUCUGAGAAGUCUGGGUCUACACAAGAUAUCCAGCAAGAGGAGGCUCAGGUGCAUGAAAAAGAACAAAAGGUGGAGGACACAGCUGAUGAGAAUUCUUUUGUCAUUGUCACUGACGUUGAAAUUGCAGAUGAUCAUCUAGAUGAAGUGUUUUAUGGAGCAAGUUGCAAUGCAGCACGUGAACUGCCAUCACACCAUAAAGAAGACUUAGAGCAUGCAAGUGGGAGCCUUAAAACACCCAAAGAAUGGGGUUCAACUUUAUUUGGCAGCCAGGAGACUAUCCUUACUCCGAUUUUCCUUCCCCCUGGCCCGCCCAAGAUCAUAGAUCAAGAUCUCCUAGACGAGCCAAGAGCAAUGUCGUUCCAUUACUUAGAUCUUUAUGAAGAUGCUCUUGGCUAUAGAAAGAAGGACGAGGACACCUCAGAUAUCGAAAGUGUGGUUUCAGAAAAGUCAUUUAAAAGACGUUAUUCUGAUUCAGAUGAUGGAGAUGGCUACCUGGAGAAAUUCAUAUUGAAAGAUGACACUCCAGUGGUUGAAGACGUACAAGAGGUUGACACUCCAGCCAGUGACAGAGUGAUAUGGCCACAGAAUAAAUUUGAAAUGACUGGAUGUUUAAUUCGCGUUAAGGAAGAUGAUACUCCCCAAGAAGAGGAUGUUGGUGUCGAUCAAGCCGAGUUCGAGAGGAAACAUGAUAUAAAAGAUGAACGUCAGCCUUCGUAUUCGUCAAAGGACUGUGAAGACUGUGACGACGGGCUGAAAACCGGCUGUGUAACAGUUAAACGUGUUUCAGAGACUGUAGAGGGAUGUGAAGAUAAAACUGGCUGUGUGACUCGAGAAACUGUCUCGUCUGAUAAACUUCCUUUUAAAAUCAGUGAGGUAUUUAAAACAGCGAAUCAGGAAUCAGAUAAAACUUUAUUAAUAGAAGAUGGAAAACAAAGCAAAGUUCAGGAACUGAAGCACACAGACAAACAGGUUUCCAGAGGUUCAGUGGAAGAAAAAGUAACUGGAUUGAAUGAUAAGGUUGAGAUCCUGCCACAACAGCUAACAAAAAAAGACGACAAACAAGUAAAAGCUGACCUUCGAGAAAGCAUUACUAUUACCAUGAAAGAAACACCGGACAAGGGGCAGCAAGCUACGACGACAAGACAAAAAAUUGGUAAACCUAAUUUAGUGAAGGAUUUCGAUGUAAAAGAUACAUCAGCAACAAGGACAGCUGAAGAAAUAGGAAGUGUGCAUCAAGAAAAAAUCAGUCAACAAAAGGUCUGUGAAUCAGAGAAAUGUAAAGAUGUGACCAAGCCCUCUGGUGAAAAAAUGCCAGAAUUUCACAGGAAAAGUAGUAAAGCAGUACUGGAAAGCAGAUCUGAAGUUCUGGAGAGUAAGGAGAUACCUGCUGUAGAGGAAGCCCUGAAAGAUACUGCAGUCCAGUCCAUUGUACCUGAAAGUGGAAAGCAGGAGCAAUUCACUGACAAAACCUUGCUACCAGAUUUAGAUAGUGAAGUCCAAACUGAUCUUAAAACCAUACGUGAGCAGAAAAUUUUAAAUGAAGCAGGUACGACUGAAGAGAGAGAUGACGAAAUCAAGGUCAAGGCCACAGAGCAGCUAAAAGAACAGACUGAGAAAGACACAGUGACAGUAUUUGAUAGAAAGACUUCGGGUACAGACGGUGUAACAACAGAGAAGACAGAAGCUGUAGAAAGUCUGAAUAAUGUAGCUAAGUGUGUCUUCACACAUGAGAAGAAAGAUGAUGAGUUAGGGGAAAUGGAGGUAUACUCAGAGAAACCAACAGGUUAUGAUCUCAGAGAGAUCUCAGGUGAUACCAAAGAGGCUGAGAGUGAUGUUGUGUGUCCUCCUGCUCCAGAGAUCACAGAAAGAGAUGUGGUUGAUGAGAAAGUAGGCAGGAACCUGGCAGAUGUUUUAAAUGACUCACAUGCUGAGAUUAAGAUGAUUUCACUCAUUCCUGCUACGGAACCAGAUGCCGCAUCCAAAGUUACUGUGCCACCAACUGGAACUAAGGAAGAGAACAGUGCGAUAAUGGAUGUAGUUAUAGACAGAAAUAAGUUGGGGGUUACUGCGGAGGCCCUUAAGCCUGUAUACCAAGAAGAUGUUAACAGAGUAGAUGAUGUACAAAAGGUAGAGGGAAAAAAUAAAAGUAAAACCAAAAAAAUACUUCUAAAGGAUACACACAAAGAAGAGUUAUGGAGAACUCUGGAGCCUGCAAGUCCUUCCCCUCCAAUGGAGAUACAGGACUCAACAAUGAGGGUUUCACCUUUGGAAGCAGUAGAAUACAUUGAAGAAAAUAAUAACUUUGCCACGGAUCAAAGCUUAAAAAGAGACAAAGGCCCCUUUUCGACUUUACGGAGUUUCAGCCCACUGGAAGACCUUUCUGGGUUCGGCCGUGAUUUGGCAGAGCCUGAUUUGCAAAAGGAAAUAUACGAGGAGCUAGAUUAUGAGGUAGUCACUGAGCAUGAUGCAAGACAAUCAGAGAUGGACGUAACUGCAGCUAAAGGAGAAUAUGUGGAACAUGGCCAGGAUGAAUUUCAAGAGCCUUCAUUCGAGGCAGACUAUGAAUUUAUCGAGGACUUGGAUAACACCCAAAUAUCAGCUCUCAGGCAACUGAAGGAAAAAGUAGAAAUUCAGCCAAUGGAUGCAUUCUGCCUCGUCUGCCGUUGCCCAAUAUUACUGAGUGAUGGUGGCCAUGGAAAUCAUGAGGUGUCAACGUUGGAAAAAGCGUUUGAAGACAUUAAGAAUCAGUUGAGUAAUUGGAUAUCGGUUCUACAAGAAAGAUCAGAAAAUAUUGAAGACAUGGUUUCGGAACUCGAGCUGGCGUACAACUCUGUAGAGGAUCAAUGCAAGGACGGUGAGAAAGCCCUGGAUCAGCAAAACGAGGAGAUGAUGAAGCUGGUGAUGGAGCGGUACAACGAAAUGUCUCAGACUAUGGAGGAAGAGAAGAAGGCCAAACUUGAGCAGCUUUACGAUCAAAUUUUGUCUUUCCAAAAGGACAUCGACUCAGCCAAGGAGAUGAUGGAGACCACAACAAAAGAGGUGGAAGAGACAGAUGAGUUAGCAUUUUUGUCGUCAUACAAAGACAUUGACAUGAGGUUAAAAACAGCUCUCGACUCAGUCAUGUCUCUAGAGCUCGGCCCAAGAGGUUUGCUUGUGUUUGAAGAUUAUGCCAAAGGCACCACAGGAAACGGGAAGAAAAACCGGCAAGUGAUUCCAGUGCCCCAGCAACCCCAUCUGCAGCCGCAGGAAGCAAAUUCUGCCACAAGCACCUCUGUCACUGUGUACUGGACAGUGAAUGAAGGAGACAUCAUCGACUGUUUCCAGGUCUACUGCAUGGAAGACCCUCAAGGAGCCAUCUCAGAGGAGUACAGGGUGACCGUGAAGGAGAGUCACUGUAAUCUGGAAGAGCUGGAGCCAGAUAAGUGCUAUAAGGUGUGGGUGAUGGCAGUGAACUACACUGGAUGCAGUCUGCCCAGUGAGAGACUUCCUUUUAGAACAGCCCCAUCUGUUCCAGUGAUUAACCCAGAAGCUUGCACAGUUUUGUGGGAGUCUGCUACAAUCCGCUGGAGCUUGUCUCAGCCCAGUGCUGCUGAGAGCUUCACUCUAGAGUACUGCCGCCAAUACGCCCUGGAGGGAGAGGGCCUCAGGUCUGUGUCUGGGAUAAGAGGCUGUGAGCAUAAGGUCCUGCUUCAACCCAAUGAGAACUUCCUCUUUUACAUCAAAUCAGUGAACAGUGCAGGAGCCAGUGAGCAGAGCGAGGCAGCACUUAUCUCCACACGAGGUACCAGGUUCCACUUACUGAGUGAAACAGCUAAUAUGGCGCUGAAGGUUUCUGAAGACCAGAACUCUGUGCAGUAUCCUGUGGAAACCUACAAUAAGAUGGCCACACUUAUAGAAUGUCCAGCAGUGAGGGGCGAGCUUCUGCCACGAGUUGGAUAUCAUUACUGGGAAACAGUGGUGGCUGGCUGUAAGGCCUACCGCAUUGGUGUGGCCUAUCAGACAGGGCCACAUGACAGCACAGUGGGCGACAGCAGCACCUCCUGGUGUCUGCAUUGUGUACCCACCUCCAUCAGCUGUAGGUUCGAACUGCUCCAUGACAGCGUGGAAUCGGACAUCUUUGUGACGGACGUUCCCACUCGCAUCGGCACUCUUCUGGACUUCACACAGGGCCGCUUGGUCUUCUUCAACGCUCAGAAUGGUCAGUGUCUGGGCUCGUUCCAGCAGGCCUUCAGCCAGCCCUGCUACACUGUAUUUACUCUGGAGAGACCUGGGAACCUGGAGCUUAAGAUGACCACAGAGGUCCCAGAGUUUGCCAAGCAGUGGUAGUGGUAGCUCUGAUAAAGGCGGAUUUCCGGAGUACCUGUCUUUAUUUUAUUGGCCUUGGGAUCUGCAAUCUUUUAGACUGUGUGUCAUAUUUAUUAGGUUCUUGAAAAGAAAUCAGUGAUAACCUGAGUUAGUGUGAGGUUUCUUUCUUUGUACAUGAUAAAAAGUCUUUUUUUAAAGGGAUACUCCAGCAUUAUUUAACCUAAUCUCUAUCUAACAUAUGCAAUCAGUGUACUGGGAUAAGAAUGGACAAAUUAUUGCCUGGAAUUUUAUAGCAAUAAUUUCUUUAUUGUACUGACAAAUAAAGGAAAUCAUUUUUUUGUAUUAUAUUAGAAGCCCAAGAGCACUUGUUGAACUGAAUAUUAUGGAAACAUAUAACACAAAUUUAAAAAAAUGACCACAGUAAAGCUGUAUGUAGUUUGUAUGGAAUUUUUAUCCAACACAGUGCAAAGCAAUUCUGGUCACUUUUCUUUCAUUGUGUCCAUGCAAGUGGAAUGAUACAUUUCAAGAUCUGCCCUUAGACUAAACCCAGGUUUUCUGUUCAGUAAGGGAAAUGUCUCAAGAUGACUGUUGGUGGUGGUCACACAUAACAUUACACAGGCAGUUGACUGAGAACGAGUUACCAAAGUAAUACAGGAGAGAUUUCCCUUAAGGUAAGGAUGUCUUUUAAAAAGGGAAUUGUUAUUUGAAAGUGUUUUAUGGUGGUUUAUGUGGUUUGUUGAUUUAUCUGAAUGCUUGAUUUUUUUUUUUUUUUUUUUGUAAAUAUGGACAUAACCAGAAGUGUAAUGUACCAAAAAGCGAUGGAGUAUAGAAUGUAUACUAUGAGAAUACUAUGCUGGAGUAUAGUAUAGUAUAGUAUUAUUGUGUGUACUUCACCCCAGUCUUGAGCAAAAUGUUACUGCAGUGCUGAUCACGUUUACUUUUAUCAUUUCCCUCUACUGUUCACAUCAUAGCUGACCAGUAGAUGCUGCUGUAAGUCUUUUCAGAUAUUUCAUUUAUUCUUUCCUUCUGCUCUGUUCAGGGGAAAACCUCUUGGUUUUUAUAGAUACAUAAAAUAUUUAAUCUCGUCGUUGUUGUUGUUGUUGUUGUUAUAUUACUCUCGGGCCUGAAUAAUUACGAUCAGUUCAACUUCGUUAUCUCUAUCUUUAGACCUCUGGUGGAGAGACAUUUUGAAGGUCGUGAAGUGAAUAGCAACCUAUUUGGCUUUUGUAGUAUUUUAAUUAAAUGCUCCUUAGCUUUUUGGAUGAAGGCUUAUUUCCUAAAAGAUCACUUCAGAUCUAGAAAGGAUCUUCUAUAUUGAAUAUUGUUCUUUGUGCAUGGUGAAGCCUGGCUAUGCCGACAGCAAGAGUCUGGGUCACUGUAUAUCUGUAUACAAUGAUGUAAUCCAAGAUAAUGUUAAAGAUUUACAGAAAAGUCUGGAUAUUUCCAAAAUCCAAGAAUUUUUCAGUUUUGAUUUUUGUUUUUUUUUUUGCAUAUACAGUGUAUUAUAUUGUUUAUAAACCUAACAUUUUCUUUUCUUGUAACCAGCAGUUAUUUAUCAUCUGUUUGUAAAAGUCUUUUCCUUUCUGUGUUUAAUU